UUACACUUUCUGUUACCAUUGCUGUUCCGAUCGAAAAAAGGACCACUGAAUUUAAAAGAUUUGAAAUAAAAUCCAAUAUUACUCUCAAUGUGGUAAUGUCACCUGAUCCACUCAAUUUUAAUCAAGAGAUUACUUUACGUGUUCCGGAAAUGCACCCUCCGAAUGCUGAGUGCAAACUAAAUGAAGUUAGUAAAACUGGUGGUCUGUUUGAUGUGACUUGCGAUAAACUUAAGCCGGUACCAGAUAACUCAAAUAUAGGAUCAAUAGCAUUAAUUGCGAUCGCGCAAUUUAAAACAGACUUUGCCUGUGCAACUAGCCUUGUUGUUUUUAGACCUUAA